UGAUCUUUCAGAAUUCACCCCAGUAUCUGCAUCCGGGUUUUUUAUUAUUAAGACCAUUUAGAAAUUCAUGUUGCAGGUGACUAUGCAGCUAUUUACCUUGCUGUAUUAGCAUCCCAUUAUUGGCAUUUAGCAUUAAUACCACUUUUCUUAUUUAUAAAGAAUUAACUAGGAAUUGCUUUCUGAAAACUCAGAGAAAUGUUAAUGCAAUUUGAAAAGUUCAGUAAGAUAUCACUAUUGUAUAUUUUCGUUGGGGAGUAAUAUUGUUUCCAUAUAAUAGAAGAUUGGUUUGUGGGAAUGUAAAAAUAAUCUAGGCUAUUAUAAUGAUUGAUAGACCACUAAAACUCAACUCUAACACAAUCUUAUUCUUUUUUACUUGUUUUACAUUUUUCUUGUAUAUCCUAUUAGAAUCAUCAACACUGAACUCAUAGAACAUAACUAAAGUAUAUGCAAGAUUAAUGCUACAAGCCACAAGCAGUAGUUGACUGAGAUUUUCUAUUUUGGACGUUUUCUCUGUUCUCAUGUGUACUGGUGGCCUAUCAUUGGCUGUCUUGUAUGUAUUGCUUAUGCUUAACAUCAAUGCUGAGUGUACUGUGAUUCUGGGAAUUGUAUACGUAUUGUUUAUAUUUUAUUAAUUUAACUAAGAUAAUUCAACACUUGAAUAACUGUGACAAGUUCUGAAAAGAAAAAAGUUAGCUGUGUCUAUAUUACAAUCUAGCAGCAAGUAAAAUUAAAAACUAAUGAUGGGAUGGGGAGUCAGCUGCGUGAGGUAAAGUGCUUGUUGAGCAAGUGUGAGGACCUGAGUUCAGAGCUUCAGUACCCAGGAAACAGCCAGGAGCAGUGGUGCAUGUCUACAACCUGGAGCUUACGGAGAGAAGGACAGUGUCAGGGGGCAUGAUGCUCUGAAUGAGAAAUCCUCCCUAGGCUUGGCCAUUUGCAUACUGGUCCCCAGUUGGUUAGGAGGUGUGGCCUGGUUGAAAGUACGUCAUGGAGAGAGAGAGAGAGCUUGAGAGUUGAAAGACUCAUGCCAUUUGGAGUUUGUUUUCUCUGCUUUGGACGUGUGGUUCAAGAUAAAAGCCCUCAGCUCCCUGCUUCUGCCACCAUGGAUUUGCUUGACCGUCAAGGACACUAACCCUCUGGAACCAUUAGCUUAAAUAUACUCUUUCUUCUAUAAAGUUUCUUGGUUAUGGUGUUUUCUCACAGCUAUAGACAUGUAACCAAUACUCCUGGUACCAGCUUCUGUAUCAGUUUCUUUUCUGUUGCUGUGAUUUAACACCGUGACCACUACAACUUAUGGGAGAAAGGGUUUAUUUGGCUUAUGGUUCCAGAGAGAUACGAGUCAGUUACUGUGGGGAAGCGUGGCAGCAAGGAAGUCUGGUGGCUGGGACAGCAGGCUGAGAGCUCACACCUUGAACUGCAAUCGUGAAACAGAGAGAGCAAACUGGAAUGGUAUGAGUCCUUAAACUCUAAAAGCUUGCCUCCAGUGGCAUUAUGCCUCCAACAAGGUCACACCUCCUAAGCCUCCCAAAACAGCACCAGCAACUGGGGACCAAGUCUUCAAAUGCCAGAGCCUGUAGAGGAAUUCUCAUUCAAACCACUACCAGAGGGUCAUGGGGGCUUGCUGGCUGGCUGGUCCAGUUGAGACGGAGGAGCUCGGGCUCAGACAAGAGACUGUGUCUUAAGAAUAAGGAGAAAGUGACAGGAAGACAUCCAGUGUCAACCUCUGGCCUCCACAUGUACACACAUGGGUGAGAGCACCCUCCAACAUGACCAUAUACCAUACACGCACACACAUGCACUUGGGGGCGGGGGAGAGGAGAGAGAGAAAGUUUAAAUAAUUAAUUUAUAUACACUAAGAAUAAAGUUUAAAAAAGUAACAUAUUUUAGUAGUUUUCUGCAAUUUUGAAAGAUGCUUAAAGAUUACAAUUUACAGAUAUACAAGUUUAUAAAUUUAUACAUUUGUAAAUGUAAUAUGAUUCUUUAUAGUUUAUAUAAACACAUAUAUUACAUUAGAAGCCACUAAAGCAUAUAAGUAAUUUAUACAAGAAUAAAUUAGAAUUUGACAGGAAUGAAAUAUACUAAACAUAAAGGGCAAAGUACUUUUAUAAAGUUAGAACAAAUAUCAAGAGUUUUUAAAUUUAACUCCACUUACAUUUGUUAUUUUGUCAUUGCGGAGUUUAAAACAAAAUUUUGCAGUUUCUUUUAUUUCUAAAGCAAAGAUAUAAAGUACGUAAAUAUAUUAUUUUGUGUUUGUUAUUGAAAAUUAAUUAUGAGUACAGUUAGGAAGAAAUUUCUAGUAAGGCUCUGGAGACAGGAGAGGGGAAAACAAGACAAUUGAGAAACACUGCUCUGGACCCAAUGUAAAUAUGUGGAAGAAAAUAAAAACAGAAGUAGAAAGUAACGUGGGUGACAAUAAACUAAACUUCAGACAUUCCUUACUUAAGCCAUAGCAACAAAACAAAGGCUGUAGAGAACCUAGAGGAGAAGCUUCAGCACCACAGAGCCCAGGGACCAGCAGCAUCUGCAACAUUCACAAUGGCCAGGCCCUGUGCUCUCCUGACAUUCCUGGUGGUGAUGCACUACUGGUCAAGCUGCUGUCUGGGAUGUGACCUGCCUCAGACUCAUCACCUCAGGAACAAGAGAGCCUCCACACUCCUGGCACAAAUGAGGAGACUCUGCCCUCUCUCCUGCCUGAAGGACAGAAUGGACUUUGCAUUCCCUCUGGAGAAGGUAGAUGCCCAGCAGAUCCAGAAGGCUCAAGCCAUCCCAGCCCUGCAGGAGCUGACCCAGCAGGUCCUGAUCCUCUUCAGCUCAAAGGACUCAUCUGCUGCUUGGGAGACAAGCCUCCUAGACACAUUCUGCACUGGCCUCCACCACCAGCUCAGAGACCUACAAGCCUGUCUGAUGGAGCAUGUGGAGGUGCAGGAACCUCCCCUGAGCCAGGAAGACUCCCUGGUGGCUGUGAGGAACUACUUCCACAGGAUUACUGUCUACCUGAAGGAUAAGAAACACAGCCCCUGUGCCUGGGAGGUGGUCAGAGCAGAAGUCUGGAGAGAGAGAGAGAGAGAGAGAGAGAGAGAGAGAGAGAGAGAGAGAGAGAGAGAGAGAGAGAGACCUGUCUUCCUUAGCCAUCUUUCUGUCAAGAUGGAGUCUUAUUCUAAUACAGAAAUGAUUCUCACUCCCUGACAUUUCAAAGACUUUUCUAUUGUAAUUUUGUGAUGAAUCCAUUCAAUCAGUUGUUAGAUAUUUUUGAGUAGUAAGCUACAUUGUGUUCAAUUCUAUGGGAAGUAAUUAUUUUUGAUGAACACAAAG